UCGUGCCCGCGCGCCGCCGCCGUCGUCCGUCGUCGUCGUCCGUCGUCGUCUCCGCGGCUGUCUCCGCCGCCGCCGCCGCCGCAGUGAGGUCACGGGUGGGCGGUGCGUGCGCGGCGUCUGUUCCGCUCCCCGGGCUGCCGGAGACCCCGCCGCGGCGGGUUAUCUGGAAAGACUGACAGAACUCUGUGUUAGCCCGAGACAUGAAUUUAGCCGAUGGCCUGGACCUUACCUCUAUUACUAAUAACUUGGGGUGGGAAAAUUCUGACACGCACCAGUGACAUCUGUGCAAAAGGUGACUCUCUAGGGACGUUUAGGUUUUGCCAGCGAUCUGGAUCAGCCUUUAGUUUGGGGAUUUAUUUGUGAACUGCCAUAGUAACUCUCGUGGUGGUGGUGAAAUCAUGAAGUUGGCAGCACAAUAAAGCGAGCCCUUAAGAUUCUGUUUGAUCUCCAAGAACUGAAAGUGCCGAAUAAAAUUUUCGUGCAACUUAAACUACGUUUUGGAUCAGUUGCAUUAAGAUCAGUGUUCUUCAAACGGAGACCGUUUUUCUAUUUUAAUACUUAAAUAGACACUUAUUUGAAAAGACGGUAUAUUUUUUAAAGGAAGAAAAUGAUCAAGGAUGGACACUCUCGUAUCAACACAUCAUUUUUUACUAAAUUUCUGUACAAGACUGCUGCGUAAAAUAGUGGGUAGGGUAUGAAGAAAAGCCUUUUGUAUGCAUAUGCAGUGGGGUUUUUAGAUUAGAAAACUGAACAAAUACAUAAAUUUUUCUUUUAUAGUUAACCUCUCCAUUAUUAAUUUCAUGGUAUUACAUGCAAAAUGGGUUACGGUUUUUACUGUUGGAGGCUGAAGAAGUAACAUUUUACUGAAAGGAGCGCAAAACUUGGUGUACCUGAGGUAAUCAAGAUCACUUGAAAUUGUUUUUUGUAUGAACAAGCAGGAAAAUGCACAUUCAAGACUGACUUAAUUGAAGUUCUGGUGUUUAGCAAUGGAAAGCCCACACAUAAACUUCCCUCUAGGUCUAGUUUCAGACCAAAAAAGGAGUGGGAUCCAAGAGGAUGGGAGUCCUCCAUUAAAAAAAGCAAUGACAGAAAUGCAUGUAAAUAGCAAAGUACGAGUUGUAAUAAAUAAAUUGCCAACAAUAAAGAAGGAAAACUUGGAUGAAUAUGAUGAAACUCCUGUGGAGGCUGAUGGGGAAACCGCCAAGCCAAACAGUGCGCCGCUAUCUGAGCCUUUGAAUUUAAAUCCAGGUUUGAAACACACGUUGGCACAGUUCCACCUGAGCAGCCAGAGUUCACUGGGUGGACCGGCAGCUUUUUCGGCUCGUUAUUCCCAGGAAAGCAUGUCGCCCACUGUCUUCUUGCCUCUUCCAUCGCCGCAAAUACUUUCUGGUCCGCUGCUCAUUCCUCCGGACAGCUCCACGGAACUCACCCAGACUAUACUGGAGGGGGAGUCUAUCUCUUGUUUUAAAGUCGGAGGAGAAAAAAGACUUUGCCUGCCUCAAGUGUUGAAUUCAGUUCUCCGAGACUUUUCAUUGCAACAGAUCAAUACGGUGUGUGACGAACUGUAUAUAUACUGCUCAAGGUGCACUUCCGACCAGCUUCAUAUUCUGAAGGUUUUGGGAAUUCUUCCAUUUAAUGCUCCGUCCUGUGGGCUAAUAACGCUGACUGAUGCUCAGAGACUAUGCAAUGCUUUACUACGUCCUCGCACUUUUCCACAAAAUGACAGUUUUCUCCCUGGUAAGAACACCUUGGCCCAGUUGAAAGAGACUGGCAGUGCCUUUGAAGUAGAGCAUGAAUGCCUGGGCAAGUGCCAGGGGUUGUUUGCACCUCAGUUCUACCUUGCGCCGGAUGACCCAUGUAUCCAGUGUCUGGAGUGCUACGGGAUGUUCUCACCCCAGACGUUUGUGAUGCAUUCACACAGAUCCCCAGACAAGAGGACCUGCCACUGGGGAUUUGAAUCGGCCAAGUGGCACUGCUACCUGCAUAUUAACCAAAAAUACUUAGGAACGUCGGAGGAGCGGGAACUGAAGCAUCUCUUGGAGGAAAUGAAGGAGAAAUUUAGCGAGAAAAAUCAGAAAAGAACUCGGUCCAAAGCAGAUUCACAGCAGAGCCUGGAGUUGUCGCAGUGGUAUCCAGUUAUAAAGCAAGAAGCAGAAACUGAUCCUCAGCCACCCUCCUUUUUCCAUCCCAGUUACUACCUUUAUAUGUGUGAUAAAGUGGUUGCCCCAAAUGUAUCUCUUGCAUCACAAUAUAAAGAUGUUGCAAAAACAACAGUCAGAGCUUCAGAAGUAAUUAAAUCCUCACCUGGACAGCUGGAGAAGAAGCUCAGUAGUGGAAAGCACAAAAAAGCUGCCUCCUAUCCAGAGCUUUCUCUUGAAGAACAGGAAAAAAUUGACUUGAAAACUGGCGUGGAGCACCAUAAACGUUUAGAUCCACCUGUGUCAACUCGUUCUGCAAGAGGUGGAAAAACUGAACGUGUUUCUUCCAAAAUCACUAGAGACUCUAGCCGUGUUGAAGUAGGUGAUGAUGUGCGAACCUUGUCCCCCACUCUGAUGAAAGACAUCAGUUGUGAAGAUGACAAGGGAAGGAUCAUGGAAGAAGUAAUGAAAACCUACAUCAAACAGCAAGAAAAACUAAAUACUAUUUUGCGAAGGAAACAGCAGCUUCAAAUGGAAGUGGAAAUGUUAAGCAACUCUAAAGCUAUGAAGGAACUAACUGAAGAGCAGCAGAAUUUACAAAAAGAACUUGAAUGUUUGCAGACAGAGCAUGCUCAAAGAAUGGAAGAAUUUUAUUUUGAGCAGAGAGACUUGGAGAAGAAACUGGACCAAGUGAUGAAGCAAAAGUGUAGCUGUGACUCCAAUUUAGAAAAAGACAAAGAAGCUGAAUAUGCAGCACAGCUAGCAGAAUUGAGACAGAGAUUGGAUCAUGCAGAGGCAGAUAGACAAGAGCUUCAAGAUGAACUGAGACAAGAACGAGAGGCAAGGGAAAAGUUAGAGAUGAUGAUAAAGGAAUUGAAGCUACAGAUCUUGAAAUCUUCAAAAAAUGGAAAAGGAAAAUAGAAAUUGGAGGAGGAAGUAUGACUGCGUCCUUCAAACAGGGUGUUUUGGUUUUUAAUGAAUUGUGAGCAGUUUCUGUGUGAUAAGAAAAAGUAUUCUCUAUGGAUUUCUAUUUCCCAGACAAGUCCAGAUGAAGAUAUACAUAUAUAUAAAUAAUAGAUAGGUAUACAUUUUUAGAUUUUCCUAACCAAUGAAAAUCUGCAUUUAUUUGUACUGGUGUUUUUCUCAAACAAUGAAAAAUACGAAACUCUUGAUUUAGAGUGACCAGUUUUUGUCCAUUUCUAAUGCAGUCUUGAGGACUCUAUACCUUUUAACAUUGUCUGUUAAAAUAUAUGUGGUGAUCUUUAUUUUGCUUUCAAUUGCACAUUCAGUUAUAAAAGUACAUUAAAAAAAUUCUGAAUUCUUCAAUGUCAAAAUAGUUUGGGUUUCAGUGAGAAUUAUGUGUUCUUGAACAGGGGAAAGUAAAGGCAGCUUUUCAUCUGUAGGGUAAUACUCAAAAUUGUGACAAUGAUAGAUGAUUGAUCAUCGUAAGUGACUUACCAGCGUGAAUUUUUCCCAUAAUUUCAUUGUGUGAAGUCAAGCUGAUCUUUUCAGUAUUUUCUAUUUAACAACUCGUUAUCAAUCUAAAGAGUUUUAGAGCCAGCAUUUGCUUGCCAUGCUGGAAGAAGAAAACAUUAGGUUUUUUCGUAAAUUAAAAAAUUUACAAUUACAAUGAAUCUUUGGAAAUUAAAAAUUUGCAUAUUUUCUUUUGUUUUCUUCUAUAUAGUAGGUAUGAAAGAAACAUUAAUAAAAGGCUUAAAGGUGGAGCUUUUCCUUCUAGAAACCGAGAAGCCUUCACUUAACUGGUUUUUCAGAUACUAAUGCUUUCAAGAAAAAUAAUAUUUAUUAAAAAAUAUGUAUUAGUUUCUUUAACACCCUAAGCCUCCACACUUCAAGCUUCUUGCCACCUUGUGGAUUUUUCUUUCAUUAAGUAGAACAGGCCUUAACUGACAUUGCGAUAAUAGCUUAAAAAAUAAAAUUCUGAGAUACGGCACUUUGAAAAUCAUUUUGAUAGUCUCUGUAUUUGAAUGGCAUGGUAAUGUUACCAUGAAUUAAGAAAUACAGCAUGUUCGUUAAGCUAUAACAUUUGAAAAUGUGUAAUUGUACAGAAUUACUGUUUUAUGUAUAUAUAACAUUUACUUGAGUACUUCAGAAGUCUGGUUCCUAGUGGAUUAAACGCAUGACUACGAAGUUGGAUGAAGAAACGCUUUUUUGCACUUCUCUCCAAGAAGUUUGAUACAGCUGACAGAUGUUAGCUGAUUAUAUCAGUGACUAGGAAUAUUUUAGUAAUUCUAGUAUUUCACUACAUAAUUUUAACGUGUGCUUUAGCUUCUGGUUUUGAGGUACUUAGGUUUAUUAUUCUCUUAAUAAUUCAGUUCAUUUUGGAUGAAACCACUAGUAAAAGCCUACAUUGAUUAUUUUUUUUCCUGAACUAGUAAAACUGAAAACUUUCGAGUUCCUUUUUGUUUCUCUUUUAGUGGUAUAAUAGGAUUGAAUAUCACAGAGAAAGAUAAAAUUGCACAUAUCUUUAAACUGAAUGAGAAAUGGGUUGGUAAAUUAAAUGUCAUGGAGGCAUAGGAUGUCUCUUUUAUAACUGUGUACAGUUUUGUUACAAACUGUAUCAUAUUUACACUCAUGAUUAAAGCAGGUUAGAUGAAAAAAUAUCAAACAGUUUUCUUUGUCAGUGGUGAUCCGAAAAGAAGACCCAGAUUAGAUUUUUCCCUUCUUCAACUCCAUCUCCAAAUUUUUGCUUUAAAAAAAACCGAAAAGGAAAAAGCCUGUCUUCGCAGCAUGGUUUGGAAGGAAAGGUGCUGACUAUAGAUAAUUCUGGUUGUGUAUGCACCACUUGCUUUAAAAACACAAUGUUUCAUUGUAACAACCACCAAAAACAUGGCUAUGGGGAGAGUAGGCAAGAAUGUUGGUAAAAGUGUGAUUAUUAGGGAAUGGAGCUUGAAGUAGUCCCACUUGAUUGACAGAACCCGCGUUGGAUUAGCUAGAUGGGCAAGUAAGAAAACACUGUACUGGGAAACUGAAAGUUUCAUCCGGGUAUUAUUAAAGGAUCAAAAGGUGUCGUUUCUAGUUGCUUUUCAGUAUCAGUGUUUUGAACCAGACUUGUUCGAUUGUCAGUGUAGAUAAGGCCAUACAGACUCGUUAAUACAGCUGCAGUAACUAAUGUACCGCAGUAUUUAUAGCUUAGCCAUUGAAUGUAUGGAAUCCUCAUGGGAUUAUUAUAUUAGAAUACUGUAUAUUCCGUUUCCAUUUGGGUCUUGUCUAUGUUAUGUGACUUCUGCUCAAAUUUCCCCUUUUGUCACCAGUUGAUCUUCAGCGGUGGCAAUUGCAGUGGAGUACUAGUAUAGCCCGGGUUCCUGUGCCUCAACCAGCACUUCAAGCAUCUCUUAACCAGCUGUUAACCAGCUUAUGCUGUAGACUAUUAAAAUGCUGGUGGCCAUAGUUUGUACUAAUAUUUUCACUGUUGCAAGAACUCAAGCAGCUAUAUGAAGUUUUUAAUAAUUCCAGCUGCAGAUAAGGCCUCCUAAUCUUUUUAAAACAUCUGGCUGAAAAAGCUAAUGGAACAUUUAUUAAAAUGACUUUAAAAGUAGCUUUGUAAAUAUUCCAUUUAGUUACUCUAAAGUUAGAAUGCAUUUUAAAUUAUUGUAAUCCUCUUAAAAUUCUUAAAUAUUACUUUCAGGCUCUUUACAUAACAUAAAUAAUUUUCGUAUGCGUAGACUUAAUUUUAUACUGAUUUUAAGUAAUAAUGUAUACAUAAAUGUGCCAUAGAUUUUGUGUGUUCACAGUCUUUGAAAGAUAGUUUUUUAGUAAGUUGUAAAUAAUACUGUAUAAGUUGUAGAACAAAUAUAUGUUGAACUUUUUUCACCACCUUAUGCUAGUUAUAUGAGAUGGUUUAUUUUACAGACUAAUGUAGGAACUUGGAAUGCACACUUAAGGGCCCUCACUUAAGUGCACACUUAAUGGUAGAAACUAAUUCUGUCAUUAGGUCCUCACUUUUAGUCAUAGCAUGCUCAUUUUAUGUAUUAUUUGUUUUGCCUUCAGUUAUUGCUUGCUGAUCUUUCAGGCAGGAAUUCAUUUUCCCAGAUAGUUGUGACGUGAAGCCCGUAGGAAAAAAUCCUAAAAUUGUCCAUAAUUUUGAAAGUUUCAUUAUUAAACUCCUAGACCAAGGUCAAAGUUGCCUAGUGCACCUUUUGGAACAAAGUAAGUAGGAUUCAAGGUGAAUAUCUAGUUUGCUCCUAUGCUUUUUUUAAAAGAGAACUUUCACAUGCUUUGUGUACUUUAAUCAAGAAAAUAUAAGAGCUUAGAGAGUAAAACUCUUGUAAUUUUGGCAGUCUGAAAGCACCCUGGUUCGCAGUGUAGCUACGUAUCCCUAGACGAAAGAGAUUUUAACUAAAUCUCCAAACUUAACUAAGUCUGUGUUUUAGUUUUUGUAAAGCAUAUCGUUUAGUUUGAGUAGUUAGAUAAAUGUAGUUACGUUUCACAUUCUUAAACUAUUUUUAUUCUAUAUUUAAUAUAUUGAUAGCUUAGGUGUAAAAUCAUUUGUAUAUAGUAAAGGCGUAAUGCAGUUAGUGAAGUAGGAAAAGUUGAGUGGGAGCAUAAAGCUACUGGUGGCCUGAAAAAAUAAGUCUUGGCCCAUAUUUUAGAAGUCACAAUGUUUUAUUCAUACAUUCUUGUUUUAUAUUGGGGGAGGGGAUAGCUAGAAUGUGUUAUGAAAUUUUUGGAAAACUUUCCUAGCAUUAGUCGUGAAGUUGGCCUUGAAAUGCUGUCAUGGUCAGCUUCCUAGAAUUCACUUGUUUGUAGAGUAUAUAUUUUGAUUGUCAGUAAAGAUAACAACUUUGUAUUUUUUCUGCACUUAAUUCAUGUAAUUAAUCCACACAACAGAGUUUUCUAUAACGUGAAGUUGACAAAAGACAUAAUUACGCCUACCUGUUAAUCUGUGCUUGCAAUAUUUCAGUUAUUUUAUUUAAGCUGUCAAUAGUGAGCAGCAGAAAGCUGCGAAUUUCAAUUUUCCUUUUGCUCAUUACAUCUGUAGUGUGAGUAUUCAUCAGUUUUCAUUACAGAAAGCUUGUAGAAGUUUCUGUUUGUUGCAUAUUUCUAUUUCAAAAAGACAUCCAUUUUUUAGCUUUUGUGAAAGCAGUUACUGCUUACAAAUUGCACGACAAUUUUGUAGUGUGUCUCCAUUACUUAGAAAAUUGUUUUUUUCAGGGUUAGUGGUUCAGUUGGAGAAUGCUUGAAAAAUGAGUUUUAAGCACUUCAUCAAGCACAGCAAACAAAUGGUAUAAAAUUUUGCUAUUUGAAAAUCGAUUAAAUGUAACAAUGUCAAUUGAAUUCUUUUUCUUUGAAUAUAGAUACCUCACUUAAAGGAAAGCACAGCUGUACUGUAUUUAAACUAAUUCUAGGAAAUAAUAAAAAGUCGGUUUAAAAUAUUUUGUUGCCAUUAUGUUGCUUUCUGUGAUUGACAGAAUCUGUUCUGCGUUUUCGUACUCGCUCUCAAAAAUAUUUAUUGAUGUUGACAUGCCAGUAUAAUUAUCUCAAAUUACAGAAAGUAGCUGCAAAACAAUGGAGUCUGUGUUAGCUCAAGGCAACAGGUUGAAUGACUAUUCUGAAACCAUAGUAAAAUCCUGUGAAAAACGAUCAGUGCAUUCAACAAUUUUUAAUACUUUGCCAAUGAUGUACAGUCUUACUGUUUUAGAGUUGCUGUGGUUGCAUUACAUGACACACAAAACUGUCCUCUACCUCACGUGAGAUUUAACAGAUAUUUUAUAUGGUUUUAGUAAACAAGAUGCAUCUAUCUGGUCACUUAGUUUACAAAUUUUGAAUUAUAUUUAUUGAAACAUGACAUACUGUGCUCUUAGCUUAUACCUCAAUUGUAUUUUGUGCUGUUAUCCAUUUUCAUGCCUUGUAAAUACCUGUAUAGAUGUGGAUUCAAAAACAAAUAAAGAACUGUAAUGUCAGAA